CUCACGGCCGUGCUACCACAGCUCCAAUGUACGAGACUCAUCAACCUCCCAACUCCCCUCCACACCUUCGAAUGCUGCCUGCGCUGACACACAUUUCCCAUGGCAGCGUCCACGGCCUCGCCCACCUUCACGCCCUUCCUCCACCGGCACCAGCAGCGGCGCACCAACGCAGUCGUCGUCGUUGCCGCUGCGAGCAACCCCGGCGCCGAACCGACUCCAGCGACGGCGGCGGACGGCGCGGGACCAGCAGGGAAGAAGAAGACGGUGGACACGAGGAUACACUGGUCCAACCCUGACGAAGGGUGGGUAGGAGGCAAUGCCAAGAAGGAAGGCGGCGGCAGUGGCGGCGGCAGCAAGAACGAGCCGCUGGGAGGGAGGUUCGCCGACCUCAUCAACAACGCGUCCGAGUCUCACUACCAGUUCCUGGGGAUAGCGCCGGAGGCGGACAUCGAGGAGAUCAAGGCAGCGUACCGGCGGCUGUCCAAGGAGUACCACCCGGACACGACGACGCUGCCGCUCAAGGUGGCGUCGCAGAAGUUCAUCCGCCUGCGGGAGGUGUACAACGUGCUGAGCAAGGAGGAGACGCGGCGCUUCUACGACUGGACGCUGGCACAGGAGGCCGAGAGCCGCCGCCUGCAGCAGCUCAGGUCCAGGCUCGAAGACCCCUACGAGCAGGACAUCAUCAACUACAAGUCCGUGCCGGACAUGGUUGACCGCCUCGGUGGCAAGAACAUGGAGCUCAGCGACCAGGCCAUGACUGCGCUCACCUUUGAUAUCGUCAUCAUCAUCAUCUCAAUCUGCAGCAUCAUCUAUGCUGUGUACUUCAAGGAGCAGUACUGAUCGCAGUUGCAGGAGUGUACCAUAGACAACAGUAUAGGUUAAUGUCCUAAGAUUGUCUUUUCGGAUGUUAUGCAGUGCGUCAUGUGAUGUCAAAUACAAUAAGGUAUGGUGCCAACAAUCCUAUAUUUGCUAUCAAAUCAUAGUUCCAGUAUAAAUCUGUGACAUCAUGGAUUAUUGCAUCUAAAGAUACAAAAUCUGAAGGAAAAAGGAGGCAAUAUCGCCUAACAAGA